UAUAAAAUAUAAAUGUCAAUUGGUUGUUCCCAAAGAUAUUGAGUAGAAGUACAAAUAAAACCUCUUUGGUUGUUCCAAAGAAGAAGAAGAACUAGUAUACAGGAGGGCGAAACUUAUACUGGUGACUGAAAAGUUCGUUGACAUUAAUUUGUUGCAUCGCGCUUCUUUAAAUUGACUGUUCUGUGGUAGUGCACAGUAGUGUUCUGUGUCAACUGUCAAUUAUUCCUAACCUAACAAAAAUUUACGUCCAACAGGGACGAAGAAUUGGUCAAAAUUUUAAUAUUAAUCUAAAUACCAAAUCUACCAACAGUCACAUAUUUGGCUAUUAUGUCCGAAAGUGUUUCAGAAUAUGAAAAAUUUAAGCAAGAUUCUCGAAUACCAUGUAGGUAUGGUGAUAAAUGUUACCAAAAAAAUCCCGCGCAUUUGGAAAAAUACAAACAUCUACCAAAAAAAUUAAAAAGAAAGCAUAACAUGAAGUUAACGCCUUUAAAAAAAGUUAAAUUAGACUCAGAAGUUGAAGCACAAGAAUCGGCAGAAACCAACCAUGAAAUAGAUGAAGAAACUUCUGGCAGCAUCAGUCAGAAAGAACAGAAAAAGGAGUGUAUCUCUUCUAGUGACUCUGAACAAAAUGAUGAAAUAGUCAACGAAAAAAUUUUGAUUAAGGAUCAGCUCGAUAUUUCAGAAGAGACUUUGGAAAAGUCACCCGAAGGUGACACUAAACCACAAAUGAGUGAACAAGAUAACAAUAAAGAUGAAACGGUUGCAAGCAAACCUUUUAAUCCAAAAGAAUUUAUCAGGGCUAGAUUUCUGGUAAAUAUGCCAAAAGAUUUUUAUGAUUUUUGGGAUUUCUGUAAAGAAUUAAAGCCAACAGCUCCUAGUGAAGCCUUAAAGAGUGUUGGAUUAGAACUAAUAGGGCCCUAUGAUGUUCUUGCUGACAAGUUCAAACACAUUAAAAGAUCACCUGAAGAAUACUUACGACAUUGGAGAUAUUAUUAUGAUCCUCCAGAAGUCUUUGCAGUAAUUAAAGAUGAUAAUAGUACAGGAUAUCAUAUAGGGUAUUUUUAUGAUUCACCUGAUGAGCCCCCUGUGUUUUUAAUUAGUAAUUAUGGAACAAAAGAUGGAGUUUUUACAAAAAUGGGUGACAACAUUUUUGCUGCUCUGCAUUUGUAUUUAGUGGAAACAAAAAAAACUGGAGAUCCGUUUAAAAAGUUGCAAGUAGGCAAAUUAUUGGUAUCACUAAACAAAAGAAUCGAAUCAUUAAAUUUAAAUGUUUCUCAACAUAGUCAGCAAAUGAAAGAACGACAGCUUAAGGUCGUUGCAAAAACAUUUAACAAAAUAGGACUUGUUGUUCCCUAUAAUAAAAAAACACAAUUAGGGUAUCGUAAUCUAGCAAUGGAGGAUAAAGAUUUAAUAACUUUGUUGAAUAAACUGGAAAAGGCAGCUCCAGAACAAAGGUCAAAAUAUUUAUCUGAUUUACAACCUGUUCUUACAUAUGCAAACAUAGCGUUAGAUGAAUGCGAUUUUGGUACAGGUAUAAAACUUGGAUGGGAACUACUCUAUCAUGGAAUUGACAGUUUGAAUUCUACAAUAUCACAGUUUUUAUCAAAUUCAUAUAAGCUACUCAAUAAAGAAGCUUUUGCUAAAAUAGCUGAAGCACACAUGAACAAGAGAAAAAAAGGAUGCAACUUAAGUAUUAUUUAGCUAUGCAUAUUUUUAGUGAACUGUAAUGAAUAAAUGCCUUUUCCUAA